CUCAUAGUAAAUAUGGCGGACAAGGCAGUCUACAUCUUUUGAUAUUGUAAUUGUCUGGUCUAAAAUAUUGGCUAGAAGGUCAUUCAUUACCUUUUAAGAUUCGUGGAAACUUAUUCUGAUAUGGGCACACAAAUAAAAGAUGUUACAAUAGCUGCAGAUGCCCCCAAAACUCUUCUUUUAGAUAAACAUGCAGACUUCAUAUUUAGUUAUGGAAAAAAGAAAGACACUGAUUAUGACUACUGUAUGACAGAGUACCUGAGAAUGAGUGGAAUUUACUGGGGUUUGACAGCCAUGGCUUUGAUGGAUAGAUUAGACCAAUUGAACCGAGAUGAAGUCUUAGAAUUUGUCAAGUCUUGUCACCAUGAAAAUGGAGGAUUUAGUGCAAGUGUUAACCAUGACCCACACCUGCUUUAUACACUAAGUGCUCUUCAGAUUUUAGUCCUUUAUGAUGCUUUAGAUACUGUUGAUGUUAAGAAAAUUGUAGAAUAUGUAAAGAAAUUACAGCAACCAGAUGGAUCAUUCUAUGCAGAUAAGUGGGGUGAGGUCGAUACAAGAUUUUCAUUUUGUGCAAUAGCUAGUUUACAGAUUUUAGAUCACCUAGAUGCCAUUGAUGUUGAUAAAGCAGUAGAAUAUGUCGUAUCUUGUAUGAAUUUUGAUGGUGGAUUUGGUUGUCGUCCAGGAUCUGAAUCCCAUGCAGGCCAGAUUUAUUGUUGUCUUGGAGCUUUGUCCAUAACAAAUGCCCUUCACCAUGUUAAUGUUGAUAUGUUAGGCUGGUGGCUUUGUGAAAGACAGCUUCCCUCAGGAGGCCUGAAUGGUCGUCCUGAGAAGCUUCCUGAUGUCUGUUAUUCAUGGUGGGUUCUAGCAUCUUUAAAAAUAAUUGGUAAAGUACACUGGAUUGACAAGGAAAAGCUGAUAACAUAUAUUUUGGCUUGUCAAGACAAUGAAACUGGUGGUUUUGCUGACAGGCCUGGAGACAUGGUCGACCCUUUUCAUACUGUGUUUGGACUGACUGGCCUAUCACUGCUGGGAUCUAAUGAAGUCGAAGAAAUUAACCCAGUAUACUGCUUACCUCAGAAGACUAUCAACAAACUCAAGUCUCAACCAGAACUUCUUGACUGACAAAUAUAUAGUGUCACUGGUGUCACUGUCAGUGCUGUAAUCUAAAUGGGGGGGAGGGGGCUGGCUUAACUAAGGAACGUCAAACGACCUCAAAUUGAUACCAAACUGGAACAAACACAUAAAUCACACUAUACAAUAGUUGGAGUUAUUUCGCUUUAUUAUUUCAUAGAGAUAUCGGAAAGAGUAUUAAAGAAUUCGAGCGGGUCCGGGUCUACCAUGUGUUUCGAAUGGCCAGCUCAAAUGGCAUACGUAAACCAAGGUCGUCCAAUUAAAAUUAUAAUAAAUAUUUAGGUUACCAUUAAACACAUUAUGUUUACAAAAUGYACGUGUGUACCCAGGUCAGGGCUGUUUUCUUGUAAAGCCAAAGUUCCUUGGUGCUUCUUUCAGCGGUUUUCGUAUGAAUGGUAAACCGAAUAGGGCAAAACCUGUAGUCGUACUGCAGCCGCACCGUAUCUUGCUGUAGCCGUAACUAUGUCGUGUGCCGUGAUUGAUGAAUUACUGGAAGAUUAAGAGAAGCCACGUCAAUAGUAUUACGCCAUGUGACGCGUUAUUACAACACUUCUCACGUGCGAAAUCGUACAAUUUGUCGUCUCGACGAAAUAGGUGGACGUCCAUCAAGGCCUUUCCAUGACUCUCCUUAGGCACUUGCCUUUGAAAGUUUUUUUUUUCGACAAUGUUUUGGAAACACUUUGAUUGGCGUCCAUAAAAACUUUUUUUUUUUGGCGCGACAGAUAAUUGUCCGAUUCCGCGAGUGUGAUUGAGAGAUGCGCUGUGAAGACGUACAGUACCGUAUGUUUUAUGUUUUAUGGAUAACGUGUAUAGUUAUCGUUACUGAUUCUAGAAGGUAUGUGCAUGUGUUGUUUACAAACAAUUUGCUAGUUAUAGCCUUGCAAGACCUUUGCAAGAUGAAAUUCCAAGGGAUCUUUGUGGAUUUGGCGUGAAAGGUACAUUGAACCCUCCCAUCCUAUAUUGACCCUUCCCCCCAAUAAUCGAGACAUCACUACGCCCCUGUCUAGAACUUUGCAUGGAAUUAAAAAUAGUAAAGCUUCGAAUGCGGGCUCAAAAAUCUGACGAUGGAGGGUCUACACUGAAGUUAUGAAUAAGAAUUUUGCUAAAAAAAUUGAAGUAGCGAAUUAAAGAAGUCCAUCAUAGCAAAGAGGAAACAAA